AUUUUUCGGCGGAGGGAUACCCCGUAGAGAGAAAUGUCGGCAAAGCGUAGGAAUCUGAGGAUGCAAUUUACUCAAAGUCAGGAAUUAUUUGGGGUUUAAAUAUUUUCUCAGCGGCAACAUAAUGGGCGCCGAAAAUUAGCUGCAGCGGUAAAGUAACCUUUCAUACGACAUAGUUUUUAUUUUUGCAAAUUGUUAUAGGCGUAUUUUCCACAGAGAGGACAAUACGACAAAAAAGUGCUGGAUUUGGGGAAAACAUGGAGACAAGGAGGGGAAGGACUCGACUAAAUGACUAAGCUUGAAGUUUUCAGCCAUCAAUGCAUUCACAAAUGUCUUGGAGUUAACAUGUAUUGGACAUCUAAGAUGAAUCGAUUAUUUUCUCUUUUACGGGAACAAAUGCGCCGUGAGCACGUUCACUAAAUCUGGACAUCAAAACCGCCUGCGAACAAACUCUACUGACUUGACAUCAAAGGAUUCGGAAGUUUUCUCCCGAAAAUCUCGGACUGAAGAGUUCUAGCUAGUUUGGAAUUCCGGUCGAUGGAAUUGCACUGACUGAAGAAUCACACACGGGUAACAUGUAAUAUUCUACCCCCUGGAACAAUCCAAAAGUUUAUCGCUCCGGAUAGCAAAGCGGCAAAGUGCUGUUUUGUUCAAUAUUUUCCAUCCUGUGUUCACCUCAAGAGGCCUGUGUUAGCCGAAAAGACCACGUACAGAUAGUAACGGAAGAUGUGCAAUUUACGUGUGGUUAGAAUGUUAAUGCUGGGAAAGUUCAACUUGUAGGCUUCAGCGGAUGCAGAACACUUUUCGGAAAUCUUAGACAUAACUCUUCAAACGUGUCUGGGAACGGCUGUAACUGGAAACUCUUUGAAAGAUGGGGGAUAUAUCUGUAGAGAAAUGUGGUCAUUGACACGAAGUAAUACCGAGUGACGUUUGGACAGCAAAAUAGCGUUCGAUCUUUUUGUAUGACAGACCAGAGUUCCAAUGAGACAAGAAUUAAGGUGAAGCUGUCAAGUAAGCUACAUUGUAGCUGGAAACACAAUUACAAAACGCACUGUUAGAGCUCUAUCUCUAGCAAAUAUUUCCACAGUUAGGGGAAGAGGGAUCAGUGCAGACCGUGUAAAAGGUUGUCUCUCGAGUGUCGUAUUUUUCAACCAAAAAAGCUUUUGGGGUAAUUUGGCAUUCCUUUGUAAUGUAGAUGGUCUGGCUUAAUUAGUUCUCCAUGUGCAAAAGUAUAGCAAUAGGCUACUGUACGCGGUAGCCUAACCAUCGUUUUCUUCCAGCAACAAUUUCCUGUCCUCCGAGAAGCCUCACAACAACCUACAUUUCUGGAACUGUUCGAAGUGGAAUAAGCUAUUGUUGACAGUAUUACAAUUUCUUUUGCAAACCCAACGGUUGGACAUCAAGGAGCAACAUCAUUUCCAACGCACGAAGGAGAUUGCACACAUUACAAUGAUAGUUGGAUAAAAGCUGAAGAACAUUAUACGAAAGCCCAAUGAGUGGCACACAGUCCACGAUAACUGACAGGUUUCCCAAAAAAACUAUCAGCAGGACAGGAAGCAUUCUCAGCAAGGACCAUCCCCCAGAUAAGAAGCCCAAGAGUGACAAGACAUCUGUCCCCUCCUCCAAUGAGUUUGAUCCCACAGGGCUUGUUCAGCGGUGUGUCAUCAUCCAGAGAGAUGAGAAUGGCUUUGGCCUGACUGUCAGUGGAGAUAACCCCGUCUUUGUGCAGCUCGUCAAAGAAGAUGGAGCUGCCAUGCGAGCUGGCGUUCAGACCGGGGACCGGAUCAUAAAGGUCAAUGGAACAUUAGUAACCCAUUCAAACCAUGUAGAAGUUGUAAAGCUAAUCAAAUCGGGCUCCUAUGUGGCCCUCACUGUGCUGGGUCGUCCCCCCGGGCUGCCCCAGAUCCCACUGUCGGAGGGCGAGGGAGACCUGUCCUCGCCGCACUCCCCCCUUCUGACCACAGGGGAGCGCUCCUCAGCCUCCUCUAGCCCCUCCGAGCGUCUGGCCUCCCCUCUGCCUGCCUGGGAGGAGAACAGCAUGGUGCACAACCAGAAGGUGGACAUCCUGCAGAGGAUGCUGACCAAGGAGCAGCAGGAGCUGCAGGCCAUGAACGAGGAGUACAACAGGAACCCCAACCCCAAACUACUGAAGGAGAUCAAGGACGCCAAGAAGCACAUUCCACAGCUACAGGGACAGCUCAGCAAGGCCACAGCACAGGAUGGUGGCGUAUCGCCUCAGCCGCCGGACUCUGAGCAGGAGGAGGUGGGGGGCGUGGAGAGGAGGACGCCCGUGUCCUGGCUGGGAGACUCCACCACCGACGGCUCCUCCUGGAACAACAGCACUGCACCUCCAGGAUCUCCGUGCCUGAACGCUGCCGUCUCAGACAGUCCCUGCCAAAGAGAGACCCCCUGCCACAGUCCAAAGAUCACGCCCCGAGGCAGCCUCAACUCCUGCCCCUCACCAGACACGGAGGACCUGCCAGAACUGCUGAGUCAGGAUUCCCAGUCCAGUGUGGGCAGCCCCAUGUCCCGCGUGGCCCCUCAGAUCAUCGGUGCUGAGGAUGAUGACUUUGGCACCGAGCAAGAACAGAUGAAUGGUCAGUGCAGCUGUUUCCAGAGCAUGGAGCUCCUGAAGUCUCGACCGGCCCACCUGGCAGCCUUCCUGCAUCACGUGGUCUCUCAGUUUGACCCCGCGCCCCUGCUGUGCUACCUCUACGCCGACCUGUACAAGCAGACCAACCCCAAAGAGACACGCCGGCUAUUCAUGGAGCUCCACACGUACUUCAUGGACCGAACAGCAAACCUGAAAGUAGCAGUGCCUGAAACGAUAUCAGCUGAACUUGAACGGAGGAGACCGGAGCUCCUGCCAGAGGACACACACAAGCAGUAUGUGCAGCAGCUGCAGGACACCCUCCUCACAGACAUCCAGAAGAACCUGGAGGACUUCAGGCAGAAGCGCAGCAUGGGUCUGACGCUGGCGGACGCGGAGCUGACGCGGCUGGACACGGAGACGGUGAGGAACCGCGUGGCUCUGGAGAGGGAGCGCUCCUGUGCCGAACACAUCAUCUCCAAGAUAGAGGAAGUGCUUUUGAUGCCCCAGCCCACAGAGGAGGAGAAGUGCAGUACGAUGCAGUACGUGAUCCUGACUUACAUGAAGCACCUGGGGGUGAAGGUGAAGGAGCCACGCAGCCUGGAGCCCAAACCCAACAAGCGCAUCAACUUCAACCUGCCCAAGAUCAAAGUGAAAGGCAUAAAGCCAGAGAAGGAGGGAGAGGAGAGGAAGAAGCCCAGAUUCCCGCCUUUCCUGGGCCCACCCCGGAGGCCCAGUCGCAUCGAUGCACCAUCAAUUGGCAAGGCGAUAGAGAUGAACAAGCAGCGUCCCCAGAAGCAGAACUCCCACCCGGCCACGAGCGUCUGCGAGCUGUCGGACUCCUCGUCCGCGGCGGGCUUGGGGCCGGGUUGUGGGGUCGGGGGUCGCUCCCGAGGCAGCCAGGCUAGCGACAGCUCUGACACGUCGCACAUCGGUGGAGUGGCCGCCUCGCCGCCGUACAGCGCGCCCGUAGGGCAGGGGUCUGACGCCAGCGGCCGCGACGCAGAGUCGGGCACCGCGCCCUUCUCUGCCCAGGCCAGGCUAGGGGACGUGGGGGAGCUUCAGGACGGCUCUACGCAGGGCCCUGGGGGCGUCCACUUCGACUUCAGCCACAGCGCCCUGGAACACCUGCAGGAGGAGGAGGCAGAGAGCGACCGGACCCUGGACGGAGGCACGCCCAAGCCAAACAGGAGGAUGGACCCUCUGGGCUCGGGCGAGGUGCAGAGUGAGGAUGACCAGGGCGCGGAGGCGGAGCUGGACCCCUCCAACUGGCAGAUGUCCGUCCCCCGAGAGAUCCUGCAGGGGCUCACCUCUCAGGAGAUCGAGCGCCAGGAAGUCAUUUACGAGUUAUUCUACACGGAGCGAACGCACCUGAGGAUGUUGCGGGUUCUGGAUCACGUGUUCUACCAGAAGCUGAACAGAGACGGCAUCCUCCCUCCAGGAGACAUCAAGCACAUCUUCACCAACCUGGAAGAGAUCGUCCAGCUACAUGCCUCCAUAACAGAACAGAUGGUGGCGAUACGGAAGAAGAAUGAGAACUCAGUCAUGGGCCUGAUUGGAGAUGAUCUGCUGACAUGGUUCAGCGGCUCAGCGGAGGAGAAGAUCAAGCAGGCGGUGGGCACCUUCUGCAGCAACCAGCCCUUCGCUCUGGAGCUCAUCAAGAGCAGGCAGAAGAAAGACCAGCGCUUCACCUCCUUCAUGCAGGAGGCUGAGAGCAACCAGCUGUGUCGGCGGCUCCAGCUGAAGGACAUUAUCCCCAUGGAGAUGCAGCGCUUCACCAAGUACCCCCUGCUGCUGGAGAACAUCGCCAAGAACACAGAGGACGUCGAGGAGAAGGAUAAAGUGAAGAAAGCUGGAGAAUGCUGUCGGAACAUCCUGAACCAUGUCAACCAGGCCGUGAAGGAGGCAGAGAACAAGCAGAGGCUGGAGGACUACCAGAGGAGACUGGACCUGUCCACACUGAAGCAGAGCGAGAACCCCAUGAUAUUAGAGUUUAAGAAUUUGGACUUGACCAAGAGGAAGUUGGUGCAUGAAGGGCCGCUGUCAUGGAAAGUCAACAAAGACAAGACGAUAGAGUUGUACACGUUGCUGCUGGAGGAUAUCCUGGUGCUGCUGCAGAGGCAGGACGAGCGGCUCAUCCUCAAGUGCCACAGCAAGAACCUGGCUGGCACCGCCGACACCAAGCACAUAUACAGCCCCAUUAUCAAGCUCAAUACCGUACUAGUGCGCUCCGUAGCCACAGACAACAAAUCCUUCUUCGUGCUGUCCAUGUCAGACAGUGGAGCUCAGAUCUAUGAGCUUAUGGCACAGAAUGUGUUUGAGCAGAGAACGUGGCAGCGGCUCAUCACCAAGAGGGCAGACUCCAUGAAGAUGAAGCAGCCCAACAUCAUACCUCUACCCCAGCCUGACAGUGAGCGGGAUACAGUGGAAAUGAUGAACUCCACUGGCGUCCAGAAGCUGAAUAAGGAGACAGACCGCAUCUCCACUGGCAGCAACCCUGGUGCCAUUGAGAAAGAGAUGGCAUCGCCGCCGGUGAUUCUGCGCACCCCUCCCCUCUCAACCAACCCGUUUGAUAGCAGCAAAUCUGAAGACGAGGAGGAAGAUGAGGGCUCGCUAACAGAGCGAGGGGAGGAAGAGAAUGCUUUCCUAGAAGCAGACUUGCAGGCUGACAAAGAGGUCUUCGCCAAGCCCGAGGUCUUUGCAAAGCCCGAGGCAAGUCCAGCUGCUGACAUGGAUGAGGAGGAGGUCAUUGCCUUUGGCUUUCCCGCCUCCAGGGCAGAGGAGGCCCUCAACACAUUGGCGUCGCUACGGCAGCUUCUCCUCACCCACAUGCUAUGUCCUGAGGAAGGGGGAGCUGGCCAGGCCAACCAGGCAGAGGGAGGAGGAGGAGGAGGAGGAGGAGGAGGAGAAGGAGACCGCACACCCACAGAAGCUUCAGCACUCACGCCGACACCCCCUUCCCCUCACCCUCCCUCUCCGCGGGCCCCUGAAGACUCUGGGGGGACGGGGCCAGGCCUAGGGCAAGGGCCGCCAACACCUACUGACAACAGCUCAGAGAGGACAGAGUCUGGUUCAGAGUUGCCGUCUGCCGACACGGCCCUCUUCGACAUGCCAGAUUACAGUAGUUACGUGGUGCUGGAGGGCUACGAAGGCUUCGAGGAGAGCAGCACUGAAGAGGACACGGUGAUCGACGUGACCAAGCUCCUGUCGUCCUCGUCCUCGCAGGCCAGCGGGGGCCCCAAUCUCAGCCGGCAGGUCAUGACCUACAUUCGCCUCCUGCAGGCCAACCUGCAACACCUCAAGGAUGUAGAGAUUAAGUAUUGCCAACUUCGCCAAAGGCUCUCCGAGGCAGCUACUGACACAGUGGAAAACAAAGACAAAAGUUAGUGAUAGGUGGAGUUGCCUCUCUGCUCUUAAGCUGGACAGUCUAAACCCAUGGGAGUCAAGGGUUGCGUAGUGGACAAACACGCAAUCGCACUCACACACAUGGACAGCCCACACUCCCCAAGCGUGCCCUCACACCCCCAACCAUCGCCUUGUGUUAAUCAAGCUGAAACGGACCAGAGGCAGGUGGCCCAGGCAGUCAGACCCCCGGGGGGGUGUACGGGACAUGGCUUCCCUAGCUUGCCAACAAAGGCUUCACAAACAGAGGAUGCCAUCUAUAACAUGCACAACCACGCGACAUGACACGACCCACUCAGAACAGAGUUACCCAGCUCAGUCUCUACUUUCUCAAGACAUCUAUCUUUAGGGGUUGUAUUUAUUGGAAUUGGUGUGGAUGUUGAGUUGAGUUUUCCCUGAUGCCUACGCUCACACGUCACGGGUGAUUUCAGAAGACUUCCACCUCCCUCCCUGCUCUGCUUGACCCAGCUGUACUGCCAUUCCGGGAGAGAACUGCUACACUCCAUGGUCUUAUCUGCCCGUCUUGACAUUCCUUAGGACUGUUUAAUGUGCUGGUCUCUCUUUCUCUCUCCCUUUUACUUUCUCUCUCUCUCUCUCUCUCUCUCUCUCUCUCUCUCUCUCUCUCUCUCUCUCUCUCUCUCUCUCUCUCUCUCUCUCUCUCUCUCUCUCUCUCUCUCUCAUCUUUAACUCACACCUUAUCUCUAAAAGGUGUAGAGAUUUGCAACAAAGCCUCUGUGGACGUCAAAGGGAAAUCUUCAAUUUGUGAAUUCAUUAAUGACACGAAGACGACUGGUUAGGGGGCCAAAUCAAAGAAACAAAAUGCUGAAUGACGCUGUCCCAUAUUUCAUAUUGAACUAAGAGAGAGGGGGGGGAGAAAAAAAACGUGAUCGAGGGUUGAAUUUUGUUUUUAAAUUGCGACCUCAAUUGUGUUUUUAUCACGUCUUGAUAUAAUUGGAGAUCUCCUUUUAGUAGGCUGUCCUUUAUAAGGACUACAUAACACGUUAAUAAGCACGGUGUUAACACACUCAUGAGCAUAAUGUUAACAUGCUUUUCUACAUACCCUCAUGCAUGCUUCACUGUAUGUGUGGUUGACUGAAUAUGCCAUAAUCGACAUGACAUUUUCUUGAAUGUUAA